UUAGUGCUGAAGUUGAACCCAACCUUAUCCAGUACCACACAUAGUGUGCACUGUGAGUAAAACAGCGAAAUCCUUUGGAAACAGUGGGUAUCAGGCCUUCCAAAAGCUCACCAGAAUCGAGUUUCUAUAUCUGUGGAUUCCGUAUUUUCUGUCUACAAUCCCUGAGAAGUGAAAAAGGACGCUUGGCGUCUCCACAAAAUGUUUUGAUAUUCCACGGUCAUCAUGUUGGCACCAUGACGAGAUCACUGUCACAACUGUUUUGCCUAUGUAAACGCACAGUGCAGCACCAGAAACAUCAGAAGUACAAGGGCGCCCUUCCUUACGAGCUCGUGGAGAAAAUCCUUGUAGAUGCAUGGUGCUCCAUUGACGACGCUCCCGCUAGAUGGCGUUUCUUUCGCGCCAUUGCAAUCUUGUCCAAGGUAUGGCGCGAUGUGCUCCACGAGGUGGUAUUGCGCUAUGCCUUCAUCGAGACAAUUGCCGAUUCCGUCGCGUAUAGGAGACUCCUCUCGCGUUAUGACCCAUGCGCUCGAUAUGUCUCCAUCGUGUUGAAUGCUGUGAAUCACACACGAUUUCAUGUUGACGAGAUUGCAAAGUAUGUUCCAGGGGCGCGAUUCAUGUGUCUUGCUAUCACAAGGGAUAGGCGAUAUUAUUUCGACGCGAUCCUCCAAAAUCUCCUCGCAAAGACGGAAUCCCUCACGCACCUCCGUAUUUGUUGGCCUCCCCUUCGUGAUUCUUUUGCAUGUCCCCUUUCUAGCAUCCUCAUUAGCUCAGUGACGCAUUUGCAUAUAGCGCGCCAUCCGUCAGCGUCACUUGGUUCUAUCCUUGCGUCAUUCCCGAACGUAACUCACCUUCGUCUGGGGACACCGUGUUUUCUGAAGAACCUCGUACCCUACAUGUCCGCAGUUCGAGUUCUUAUCCUCGAUGCUCCACCGCAGUACUGCAUGCAUACAGUUUCUCGAGCUCCAGCCCUUAUAUUUCCAAGUUCGGUCCCGCUUUGGAAUAUUUGCGACGCACUUGAGCAUGGCUUGCUGAAGUCUACUGCCAGCUACCCAUGCCGGAUCAUAAUGAAUGCAGGAAAGUCGGACGCGGAUGAGUCCAUGAUUGCGGAUAUUGCUCUGAACUGCCAGAAGCAUGGGGUGGCCUUUGAAUGCAGACGAAGAUAUCCGCCAUUAUGGCAAUCUAGUCAUUUGGACUCCGGGCGUUGGGACCAUGACGCAUGGAGCUAACUGUAUGUAGCUACUCAAGUAGCAACAGUCGUUUUGUGAUGCUAGCUAUGCUAUGAAAGCUAUGAUCAAAAUUUCAAGGCUCUUCGGUACUUGAUGAAGGCAAUCAAAUUGUCUCGCAUUUCCUCCCCUCUCAGUUUCAAAUCUCGCUCCUUCCGCCUGUCAAUUGCCCGAACGGCUUUACGCACCCCCUCAACGCUAUCUACAAGACGCUGCACGAAAUUGCCUUGCCAGAAAUUGACAUCGUAU